AUGUCUGGAGCCGCCCAGCACGAUCAAUUCGCCUCUGCCUCUGCCUCGUCCUCAUCCUCGUCUCGUUCGCCCCCGAAUGCGCACACGCCGCCAUCCACCGACGACAGGGACGAGCUCGACCUCCUUGACGAAGAGAGUGACCACGACAUUGCCGCUCAUGGCCACGUCCUCGACGACGACCCCUUUGGCCAGGACUUGAACAUCCCGCUGUCCUUCAAGCGCAAGCCGAAGCCGUCUGUGCUGUCUGGUCCAUCCCGCUUCUUCUCAUCCCUCACAGGCUCGCCGUCAGCCCAUCGACAAGACACCCCGUCUCCUCAACGGCGGCACCAGCGCGGUGGAAAUAUCUCCGUGGUCACAGGUUCGCCACAAAGGACGCAAUCCACCACAGUUAAUGCGGCUUCCAAAGAUGGAGUGUCUCACGAUUGGUACACCGAAGGCCCUGGCCGACGAGUCGGGUAUGAGGACCUGACAGCCAUUGACUGGAUCUUCGAGUACACCAAAGAACGACAGCGAAUGCGUAUGCUGUCAUCUAGCGCGAGCGGAAUCGUCGGCUAUUUCCAACAUUUCAUAGAUGCCAGUCAAGUCUGGGUUAUUCUGGUCUUGACGGGUUUGCUCGUGGGCGCAAUUGCCGCGGGAAUAAACGUAUCAAGCGACUGGCUGGGAGACCUGAAACUAGGCUUUUGUUCCAGCGGACCGGAGGGCGGUCAUUUCUAUCUCAACAAGAACUUUUGCUGUUAUGGCUAUGAUCAAGGUUCCAAAUGUGCUGGAUGGAAGUAUUGGAGCGAGGCUCUCGGUGUCCAAGCUGCUGGGGGAAAAUGGGUCGUCGAAUACCUCUUCUAUCUCCUUUUUUCCGAAUAUGCCAUGUAUGCCAAGCAUAGCGGUAUCCCCGAGCUCAAGACAGUCCUGGGUGGCUUUGUUAUAAGAAGAUUCUUAGGCACUUGGACAUUGAUCACGAAAUCCAUUGGUCUGGUGCUUGCUGUAGCGUCCGGCAUGUGGCUUGGAAAGGAGGGCCCAUUGGUGCACGUAGCUUGCUGUUGCGCAAACUUGUUCAUCAAGCUGUUCCCCAACAUUAGAGAAAAUGAAGCUCGGAAACGAGAGGUUCUCUCGGCAGCCGCCGCAUCUGGCAUCUCUGUGGCCUUUGGCUCGCCCAUCGGGGGCGUCUUGUUUAGUCUCGAGCAAUUGUCGUAUUACUUUCCGGAUAAGACCAUGUGGCAGAGCUUCGUAUGUGCCAUGACAGCAGCCGUCUGUUUACAAGCCUUUGAUCCCUUCCGAUCAGGCAAGCUCGUCCUGUAUCAGACCAAGUACAGCGUGGAUUGGCAUGGUUUCGAAAUUAUUCCUUAUGCCAUUCUGGGUAUCUUCGGGGGCGUUUACGGUGGUCUCUUCAUCCGGACCAACAUGGCAGUCGCACGCUGGAAGAAGACCCAAAGUUGGCUUCCUGGACCGAUUAUUCAAGUUGUUGCCGUGGCUCUCCUCACAGCUCUCAUCAACUACCCAAACUUUUACAUGAAAGUCCAGUCGACUGAACUCGUGUCGAGUUUGUUCUCGGAAUGCUCCCGUGUUCUUGACGACCCCAUUGGCCUUUGUAGGACAGGCACAGCAUCUGCCGGGACCGUCGUGCUGCUCAUCUUUGCGGCAGUGUUGGGCUUCUUCCUCGCAAGCAUCACCUUUGGCCUCCAAAUUCCCGCCGGCAUCAUUCUUCCAUCCAUGGCAAUUGGUGCAUUGACAGGCCGCGCCGUGGGAAUUAUAAUGGAAAUCUGGGUUCACAACCACCCCAAGUUCGUCGUCUUUGCCUCCUGCGCACCAGACGUCCCGUGCAUCACCCCAGGAACAUACGCCAUCAUCGGCGCGUCCGCCGCCUUGGCAGGCGUAACUCGAAUGACCGUCUCCAUUGUCGUUAUCAUGUUCGAACUCACCGGCGCACUGACCUACGUCCUGCCUAUCAUGGUAGCCGUCAUGAUAUCCAAGUGGGUGGGAGACGCCUUCUCCCGCCGUGGCAUUUACGAGUCGUGGAUUCAUUUCAAUGAAUACCCAUUCCUCGACAACUCGGAAGAAAUGACCAUCCCCGACAUGCCUGCAUCCCAAAUCAUGACGCGGAUCGAGGAUCUGAGCGUCCUUACCGCCACGGGACACACAAUUUCUUCCCUCACUACGAUCCUCGAAAUGCACGCUUACCGCGGAUUCCCCGUCAUCUCGGAUCCCCGCGAGGCCAUUCUGCUGGGAUACAUAUCCCGCGCAGAACUAAGCUAUAACAUCCGCACUGCAACGCAGCCGCCCCGUUCCUUGUCCGCAGAGACAGAAGUCGUCUUCUCGCAUCAGUCGCUUGCCGAUCCCCGGACAAUACUAGAUCUUCGUCCGUGGAUGGACCAGACUCCCCUGACGCUCCCGUCCCGUACGGACCUGCACCUCGUAGUGACGUACUUUCAGAAACUCGGUCUUCGAUACGUGCUAUUUGCUGAUCGCGGCGUUCUGCAGGGUCUCCUUACCAAAAAGGAUGUGUGGUACGUUCUCAACGGAGCAGAUGAGACGAGGAGAACGGGGACUGCGCCAGCAGGCAAUACGCGAGCUAGUGGAUUGGACAGCAACGACCGCGAGCAAGACACUGGUGAGGAACAUGGGUUGUUGAGGGUCGAGGAUGCAGACGAUGCUGCGAGCAUAUUAUAG